CAAUUUUAAAUUAUUAUUACUUUUUUUCUUUCCCAAUUCUCCUUUUACACACAAUAAUGUUUUCCCCAUUCUACCCCUUUCACCAACCGCACUAUCCAACCAACUAAAAAAACUUCAACUAUAUCAUCACCUCCCCAAUCCACCAUAGCUCCUUGGGGCCUCAAUCCAUUUCCCAUAACACAAACACAACACAACACUUAACAUCGAUCAAUUCUCUUCAUCUCAUCAUCAUCAUCAUCAAAAAAAUGGCACUAGUUACCGAAAUAACAAAGCAAGAACAACAACAAGACAUAAUAUUUCGAUCAAAGUUACCAGAUAUUUACAUCCCAAAACACCUCCCAUUACACACAUAUUGCUUUGGCAACAAAACACAACACGACCUAUCUCACCCCUGUCUCAUCUACGGCCCCACAGGCCAAGUUUUCACCUAUGCCGAAGUCGAUCUCACCGCCCGAAAACUCGCCUCCGGUCUCAACAAGCUUGGAGUCAAACAAGGCGACGUAGUAAUGGUUCUCCUCCCUAAUUCACCAGAGUACGUCUUCACCUUCUUAGGAGCUUCAUAUCGUGGCGCCAUGACAACAGCCGCCAACCCUUUCUUCACAGCUGCAGAGAUUCAAAAACAAGCCAAAGCUUCCAAGACUAAGCUUAUAGUGACUCAAGCUUCUUACUACGACAAAGUGAAGGAUUUGGAUCAAGAAGGAUUGGUCAAAUUCGUUUGCGUUGACUCCCCUGUUCCUGAAGGUUGGUUUCAUUUCUCCGAGCUUUGUAAUAAUUCAGAUGAGAACGACAUGGGUGAGGUUGAAAUAAGCCCAGACGACGUCGUUGCGUUGCCUUACUCGUCUGGAACGACUGGUCUUCCUAAAGGGGUUAUGUUAACGCAUAAGGGUCUUGUGACUAGCGUGGCUCAACAAGUGGAUGGUGAGAAUCCCAAUUUGUAUUACAGCAAAAACGACGUCGUUUUGUGCGUGCUUCCUCUGUUUCAUAUCUAUUCUUUGAACUCGGUCAUGCUUUGUAGUCUUCGUGCUGGGGCUACGAUUUUGAUUAUGCCGAAAUUUGAGAUUGGUUCUUUGCUUGGGCUAAUUGAGAGGUAUAAGGUGAGCGUGGCACCUAUUGUGCCACCCAUUGUUUUGGCCAUUGCUAAGUAUCCUGAUCUACACAAAUACGACUUGUCGUCGUUGAAGGUGCUCAAGAGUGGUGGAGCACCAUUGGGGAAGGAGCUUGAAGACACGGUCAGAGCUAAGUUUCCCAACGUCACGUUAGGCCAGGGAUAUGGAAUGACAGAGGCAGGGCCAGUGCUAACGAUGUCGUUGGCGUUUGCAAAGGAAGCUUUUGAUGUAAAAGCUGGGGCUUGUGGAACUGUGGUAAGGAAUGCAGAGAUGAAAAUUGUUGACCCUGAAACUGGUUCCUCUUUGCCACGUAAUCAGCCUGGAGAGAUUUGCAUUAGGGGUGACCAAAUCAUGAAAGGUUAUUUGAACGAUCCAGAAUCAACAAAGAAUACAAUAGACAAAGAAGGAUGGCUACACACAGGAGAUAUAGGGUUUGUGGAUGAUGAUGAUGAAUUAUUCAUUGUUGAUCGAUUAAAGGAGCUUAUCAAGUACAAAGGCUUUCAAGUUGCCCCUGCUGAGCUCGAAGCUUUGCUUCUUACUCACCCCAAUAUCUCUGAUGCUGCUGUUGUCCCAAUGAAGGAUGAAGCAGCUGGGGAGGUUCCUGUUGCUUUUGUGGUGCGUUCAAAUAACUCCGAGGUCACUGAGGAUCAAAUUAAGCAAUUUAUUUCUAAACAGGUUGUGUUCUACAAGAGAAUAAGUCGAGUAUUUUUCAUUGACGCCAUUCCCAAGUCACCAUCAGGAAAAAUCUUGCGCAAGGACUUGAGAGCAAAACUUGCUUUGGGCAAUCUUUAGAAUGAAAUCUACCAAUUUCUUUCCAAUAUAUUGAAAACUACUACUACUACUCAUCAUCAUCAACAUUAUACAUCUUAAGUUCAAUCCCUUCUUCUCUACCUCCAACUCCACCACAUUUAUGUAUUAUUCACCAUUCACUUCAUUUGAGAAAGAAUGUUAAUAAAAACAAUUUGUUAUCAACAACUGUAAUUUCUUCACAAUAUAUAUAAUGUUUAAUUAUUAUGAUUUCUUUUUAACA